AUGCCUGCUUCCACCUUAAUAUUACACAACAAAACAUGGAAUUUACACCAAAAACUAUCGUCCAUCCGCAUAGCAGUGAUUGAAACCAACUUGAAAGUAUCUGGACAUGCCUGCACUAUCUUUCAUAUCAUGCUUGAAGACGAUUCGAACCACUUUUCCUUGGUGCGCUUCAUUCAAGACUUUAAAGAAUUAGAUGCGUUGCUUUUCAAGCAUUUUCCCAAACAUCGGAUCCCACUGCCGAAAUUGACAGUAGACAACAGCAAAAAAUCCCUUUUGAACACAUUCAAAAAGAAGAAGAAAUCCAACUCACAAUUGAUAGAAAUCUAUCUAUCCAAAUGCCUAUCAUCUGUCAUUGGAAGAUCAUCCCUAUUUCGUGAUUUUCUUUCAGCUCAAAGAGAGGAAGAUCGUGUCAUUUCAAAGGUUCAAGUGCGUCAACUUGUGGCACAACAUGAAGUUUCACAAAACACGGUUGCUAUUGUGCCAAUGGCAUCAUUAAAGAGAAAGCGAUCUAUGUGCCAGCAACAGCAAGAACUGCCUCCCUCACCUCCCUCGUCCAUCUCAAUCACUCAAUUUCCCGACUACUAUGAUCGUCAUGACAGUGGUUUGACUGAGUCUGUCGACGAUGAAAUGAUGUGCUCGUCCAUCUUACCUCCUGAACCUCCAACAACAGACAUGGACCAGGAUUUUUACUAUGACGAGAACGAACCAAUUACAGACAACAAUAACAACACAAUCAAUGAUUACCAGUUGAUCAAAGUACUUGGAAAAGGUGCCACUGGAAAGGUCAUUUUAGUACGAGAGCAAACCUCUCAACGUCUAUUUGCUCUAAAAGCAAUUACAAAGUCGUGGAGUAUCACAAAGCGUGAAGUUGAGCACAUUAGAAUGGAACGUGACAUUCUGGCAUCAUUAGCAGCUAUCCAUCAUCCAUUUUUGAUCCGACUCAUCAGUGCUUUUCAAGACCGCCAGAACCUAUAUUUGGUAUUGGACUAUCAUGCAGGCGCAGAUUUAGCCACCCUCUUACAAAGAUACAUCCGCUUCCCAGCUGAACAAUGCCGCCUUUAUGCUGCCGAAAUUGUAAUGGGACUUCAAGAGCUACAUCGCCAUUGCAUCCUGUAUAGAGAUUUAAAGCCUGAAAAUGUUCUGUUGGCUGCUGAUGGCCAUAUUGUGCUAACUGACUUCGGCCUCUCCAAGAUGUUUACAGACAGCGACAACAAAUAUGAUCAUCGCACAACUACGUUUUGCGGCACCCCCGAAUACUUGGCACCCGAGAUUAUCUUGCAAGACGAAGAAUACUCCUAUGCUGCUGAUUUCUGGAGCCUUGGUACCAUGCUGUAUGAAAUGAUGAUUGGUAUUACACCCUUUGCUGCAGAUACACCCGAGGAGAUGUACGACAGAGUGCUCUAUGACGAUCUCUUGUUUCCAAACAAAUUCGAUCCAGAAGCCAUGGACCUCAUUGCCGGUCUACUGGAGCGUGAUCCCCUGAACCGUCUUGGUGCUGGCUUUGGCGGCGUCUUUGAAUUGCGUACGCAUGCUUACUUUGCCAAUCAUCUCAAUUGGAAAGAUGUGCACGCUAAACUCAUUCAGCCAUCCUACAUCCCUCUGCGUACCAGUGAAACUGAUCUCAGUAACUUUGAUCCUGACUUUUUGGGCAUGUCUACACACAUCAAGGAGGAGAAUGACGAGGCCAUCGUAUUGAGACAACGUUGGUUACCAGAUAGCUGUCCUCAUGGUUUACAAGAGCAUGCUUUUCGGGGCUAUUCGUACAUUGCGGAGGACGAGCGUGAUAUUCCAUACGAAUCGGAAAUCUCGUUCUUUAGUAGCGAGUACAUGAUGUAUGACGAGGAUGAUGAUGAUGAUAUGGUGUUUGAACCCUCGUUGAUCGAUGCGGUGAACACACGUGUUGCCUCGGAUUACAACCCUACCCACAAGACGCUCAAAAGCAGCCGCUCCAUGAUAAUGAGCCCUUGUUCUUUCAAUUACAAUCAGAAUAUCAGAAACUCACUGGUUAUCAAUUCGUCUGUCAAGGACGAAGACGUUUCCUCCUGGAGAUCCUGA